AUGGAUCGCCCUACACGAGCCACAAUUUCCUCACCUGACAGAAGGCUCCAUCUGCAACAUCUCUUCAAAGACGCUCAGCACUUCGAAUUCUUCUCUCGCAGCGCACCUGAGGGAGAGGCUUGCCCUGUACCCUAUGCUGCUAUGCUAAGGAUUUCAACCGAAAUCGAUCGACUUAUGCCCAUAUACGUGCUGAAGCCCGUUGAUCACUCAGAAUGGGCAGCGCUCAUCGUUGUCGUUCAGAAGAAAAAUGGAUCGAUCCGCCUCUGCGCGGACUACUCAACCGGACUGAACGAUGCACUAGAACAAAACCAGCAUCCGCUUCCAAGCCCAGAGGACACCUUCACGAAAUUCAAUGGAGGACGCUACUUUUCACAGCUCAACAUAGAUGAAGCGUAUUUUCAAAUGGAAGUGGACGAGGUCUCAGCUAUGAAACCAGCUGCUGGUAUAUUCCAACAAUGUGUGGAUGCUUCUAUCGCUGGAAUAGAUGGAACCGCGGCCUACCUCGACGACAUAUUGGUUACUGGUAGAACCACCGGCGAACACAAUGCUCGACUAGAGGCCUUAUUCAAGCGGAUUCAAGACUACGGACUCCGCGUUCGACUCGACAAAUGUGCUUUUCUGCAGACGAAGAUCACCUACCUUGGGUUCGUCAUCGCACAAGGACGACGCCCCGAUCCAGAAAGGAUCGAAGCUAUCCAGAAGACGCUCGCUCCGAAAGACCUCGGAUAUUCUGUUGACCCACUUCGACCCAAAUCUCCCGAUCAUCGUUGCUUCAAACCACGGGAUGGGAGCAACCCUCUCACAUCGCUUCGCAGGUGGAUACGAGAAGGUCAUUUAUCACGUAAGCCGUUGCCAGACACAACCAUAGAAGAACUACAGCCAGGAGAAAAGGAAGCACUCGCUCUUAUUUUCGCCGUGCAGAAGUUCCAUCGUUUUAUCCAUGAACGACAUUUCACGCUGAGUACUGACCACGGACCGCUUUUGGCAAUCUUCGGAAGCAAAAAAGGAGUUCCGGUCUACAGUGCCAACCAUCUUCAGCGAUGGGCCACGAUGUUGCUCAACUACAGCUUUACUGUCGAGUACAUCAACACAAAGGAUUUCGGCCAAGUGGACGCUCUUUCACGUCUCGUCACAAUCAUCAAUACCGGAGGAUUACGUGAUCGCCGCAAUCGAUGCUGA